GUUUUGAGGGUACCCCAGGUUGGUUCCCAGCACUCUUCACCUGACCCAGGACCCUGUCUCUGCUCUGAUCUCAGUUUCUUCCAUUCACCAGCAAAGAAUUUGUCGAACUCCUCUCCUGGACUCUUGGGGAGUGGGCACGCUGGGAGGGGGAGUGGUGAUCUGCCAGGAAGCUUUUCAGCUGCAAGAGACAGGGUCCCUCCCCCCAGUGCCGGGAAUUGGCCAUAAAUGAGUCUGUGGUCAGUGAGAGACCUCUGCUAAUGGAACCUGGGCUGCCCCCCAAGCCACAGAAGGGAGUGGAGGAGGGGAAGUGACUGGAGUGCAGCUCAGCGUGGGGGAGGGAACUGACCUGAAGAAGAGCUGAGGGUCAGGGGAGUGAGGGGGCAUAAAUGGGGUCAGGGACAGGCUGGAGCGAAAUUGGAGGUCAUGGGAGUGACUACAGGGGAGUUAGGGGCUCAAGAAGUAACUGAAAGUAAAUCAAGGUCAGGACAGUGAUUGGAAGGGAACUGAGGAUCAAAGGAAUACUUACAGGGAAACUGAGGUAUAAGGGUGUAAUUGGGAGAAUUGGGGGGUCAAUGAAAUAUUGGGGCUGAUUAUGAGUCAGGGGGAGUUAGAGAUCUGAGAGACGGCCAAGAAAGUGUGGGGGCUCAGAGGAAUGACUAAACCCGAUAAGUGUGAGGGAGAGGACCCAGAACUGGGAUGGGCAGACUGAGGGACCUGCUAAGGAGCAGACUGGAGGAUGGGAGAGAGCUCGAGUGUGAGCGUCAUGAGGGAAGGGCAGGUCUGUUGUUGGCUGAAGUUGUCUUGGCAGUGGGAGCAAAGGACUCUGCUAGGUCCCAUCUCACCUGCAGAGGUGGGUACCAGGAGCCCCUAGGCUUUUCCAGGGUGUCCACUCUGUCUUCAACCCUCUCUGUCCUGCUGAAGCUGGUGAGAGGAAAGGGGUUCCGGCCCCCCCUGCUCUCGCUCAGCCUCCCUUUCCCACUGCCAUCAAUUAUUCAUCAGCCCAGCCACCCGCCCUCCCUGGCAGGGCAGGCUGGUCCUCCUCUCCACGCCCCGCCUACCUCAGCCACACUGCCACAGAGGCCCUGGCGAGGAAGGACGGCCAGCUGGGCGGCGGAGACCUGGCAGAAGGGCUGGCUGGCUGGCCCUGCUGGACCCUGCCUGAGAUCGCAUCUCCUACCCCUUCUCCUGCCAAUCCCCUGGUGCCAGGAAGCCCCUGGAAAAGAUGCCCAUCCAGAUCUUCUGCUCUGUGUCAUUUUCCUCUAGAGAGGAGGCCCCGGGGCCCUUGGGAGAUAUUUGGGGUCCCCACCAGCAGCAGCAGCGGGACAACUCAGAAUCAGAAGAGGAGGAAGAAGAGAAGGAAAAGGAGGCAGCAAGGAAGGAGGCCAGAGAGGGGGAUUCACCCAUGGACUUGGUGGCCUUUGCCAACAGCUGCACCCUCCACGGCGCCAGCCACGUCUUCGUGGAGGGGGGUCCAGGCCCAAGGCAGGCCCUGUGGGCAGUGGCCUUUGUCCUGGCACUGGGUGCCUUCUUGUGCCAGGUAGGGGACCGCGUUACUUAUUACCUCAGCUACCCACAUGUGACUCUGCUAGAUGAGGUGGCCACCACGGAGCUGGCCUUCCCGGCGGUCACCCUCUGCAACACCAAUGCCGUGCGGCUGUCCCAGCUCAGCUACCCCGACUUGCUCUACCUGGCCCCCAUGCUGGGGCUGGACGAAAGUGAUGACCCCGGGGUGCCCCUCGCCCCGCCGGGGCCUGAGGCCUUCUCUGGGGAGCCCUUUAACCUGCACCGCUUCUACAAUCGCUCCUGCCACCGGCUGGAGGACAUGCUGCUCUACUGCUCCUACUGCGGGGGGCCCUGCGGCCCUCACAACUUCUCAGUGGUCUUCACACGGUAUGGAAAGUGCUACACCUUCAACUCGGGCCGAGAUGGGCGUCCACGGCUGAAGACCAUGAAGGGUGGGACUGGCAAUGGGCUGGAGAUCAUGCUGGACAUCCAGCAGGACGAGUACCUGCCUGUCUGGGGGGAAACUGACGAGACGUCCUUCGAAGCGGGCAUCAAAGUGCAGAUCCACAGUCAGGAUGAACCUCCCUUCAUUGACCAGCUGGGCUUUGGCGUGGCCCCAGGGUUCCAGACCUUUGUGUCCUGCCAGGAGCAGCGGCUCAUCUACCUGCCCCCGCCCUGGGGCACCUGCAAAGCUGUUACCAUGGACUCGGAUUUCUUCGACUCCUACAGCAUUACCGCCUGCCGCAUCGACUGUGAGACGCGCUACCUGGUGGAGAACUGUAACUGCCGCAUGGUGCACAUGCCAGGAGAUGCCCCAUACUGCACUCCAGAGCAGUACAAGGAGUGUGCGGAUCCUGCUCUGGACUUCCUGGUGGAGAAGGACCAGGAGUACUGUGUGUGUGAAAUGCCCUGCAACCUGACCCGCUAUGGCAAGGAGCUGUCCAUGGUCAAGAUCCCCAGCAAAGCAUCAGCUAAGUACCUGGCCAAGAAAUUCAACAAGUCUGAGCAGUACAUAGGGGAGAACAUCCUGGUGCUGGACAUUUUCUUUGAAGUCCUCAACUAUGAGACCAUUGAGCAGAAGAAGGCCUAUGAGAUUGCAGGGCUCCUCGGUGACAUUGGGGGCCAGAUGGGGCUGUUCAUCGGGGCCAGCAUCCUCACGGUGCUGGAGCUCUUUGACUACGCCUACGAGGUCAUUAAGCACAAGCUGUGCAGACGAGGGAAGUGCCAGAAGGAGGCCAAAAGAAGCAGCGCGGACAAAGGCGUAGCCCUCAGCCUGGAUGACGUCAAAAGACAUAACCCGUGUGAGAGUCUCCGGGGCCAUCCUGCCGGGAUGACGUACGCUGCCAACAUCCUACCUCACCAUCCGGCCCGAGGCACUUUUGAGGACUUUACCUGCUGAGCCCCGCAGGCCACUGUACCAAAGGCCUAGAUGGGGAGGGCUAGGAGAGCAAGGGGGCCCCCAGCUGGCCCCCCACAUCUGCCCUGGGGACUCACUCCCCCCUCCCGAGGCAGCCCCCCACUCCUGGGCAGUCCUUUCCUCUUGUCUGUGGUGAGGAAGGAGUCUUGACCAUAGAGUCCUCUCCCUGCCUCUAUCCCAUUCUUUUUAUUUUUAACAAAACUAAUCUAAAAGAAAAACUAAAAAGAGAGAAUGGGGCAAGUGACCUCAGGCUGCCCCUCUCUGUUCCAUGCUGCCUCCGUCAGCUCCCAGCCUGAAUUCUGUCCAUCUGGCUGUCUGUCAUCUGAGUGUCCAACUACAUUCUGCUGCCACCAGUCACCAAAGCCCCCUCCCAUGGGGGGGUGGAGGGAAUCCUCGGGGUCUAGAACUUGGCCCCAAACUAGAGAAUGUACCUUGAAGGGGAGGGCUAGUGUGGGGGGGGCUUCCCCAGCCUUAAGAGACCCUCUCAGCCCAGUGACCCCCCCCCAACCCCAAGUCUCCAGGCAGGAACUAAGACCCUAGUCCCCCCUACAUAUACCAUGUGAAGUCUCUUGGGAGGUGGGGGUGAGAGAUCCCCUGAAGAAGUAGAGUUGGGGACAAGAUGUGGCCCUGGUGCUGUAGGCCACAUCCUGAUACCUACAAGUUCACCCCCACCCCAGAGCUGCUGGAGAGAAAUCCCAAGAGGCAGCCCUCCUCUACCACCCAUAAAAGAUCCAGCUGGUUGGCUUCCAGCUCAGGGAGAGGGGCACUGGUGCCUAACCUCACUGGUCCCUCUCCCAGGGGCCCCUGCAGAGGGCCACAUCCAUAAAUUUUCUUAUGGAACUCUCCCAAGUCCUUUUCCCCAACUUCAUUUGCUUCUCUCAACAACCUCAUCUGCAUUUUCUAUUUCUAUAUAAUACAGACUCUAUAUUGCUAUAUCUCUGUAUAUACUUUCCCCUAACUCUGUCUGUCUCUACCCCAUCCCCUCUUGUCUCUAAGAACCAUCUUCCCACCCUUAGUUCCCCUUUCUGUGUUUCUGACCCCUCCCUGGUCUCUGAAUGCCUUCGCCUGUAUAAAGAGUUGGACUCUCUCCCCUGGUGUCUGUACUGUGUACACACAUCCCUCUGAGAAGCACAAGGAGACGACACGCGCAUUGUAACCUUCGCACUGUCUCGGUGGCGACAUAAAGGAAGCUGUGAAUCACAAGCUCUGCCUCUUUCUGGCCUCACCCUCUUUCCCCAACCUGGGCACCCUCUGCCCUCCCUGCAGCCUUAACAUUCCCUCCCCUGCUCCACCCACCCCAAUGCCCUUUGCCUGGCUGACAGUGGCCUCCCCAGGGAAGGGGUUGCUGCAGAGAAACCCCCACCCAGGGGAUGGAGAUCUGCUCUGUACACUAAGCCAAGGGUAUCAGAGACAGAGGGAGCUGUCGAUUGGUAACUCCUGCAGCUGGAGCAGUGCAGUGCUGACAGGCAGAAGCUGAGGUCCUCAGUCAGUGGCCUUUCCCUCCUUCUGGGUGCACAGCCCCCUUUCCUCACCUGACACCCAAGCCCUUUUCCUCACUUGAUACCCAAGCCCACCAUUUAUAUUUUCUGGUGAGGUACGGUUUGGUAGUGGGAGGAAAGAGACAGGCGUAGAGGGGAGGUUGCUCUUCUGUCCCUCCCUUCCUAUGAUAGUGAGAAACAGUGAGGUAGAGGGCCUGCCAUGCCCCCUCCGCCAGGCACUCCUCCCAGGCCAGAGUCCUGCCCCUUCCCAGGCCUUCUCUGCCUAGCUGUCUCUUGGUCUCCAACCCCAGAACAGGACCUGUGGUAGGUCACCUGUGCAUUGGCCUGGUGCUGGAGAGUGAGGCUAUCGGAUCUUUGGGAACUCUCAGUUCAUAGGAGUUCCUUAGAAAUCAGACCUCUCCAGAAGGAAGCAGGAGCAAGGCCAAGCAGUGUGCACGGAUAGGGAACAGCAGGCAGGGCUAUGAGUGACGCAUGCCUCUGGUCUAAUAAACUGGGUUUGAACCA